AUGGCCGCACCCGCUUCUCUCAACAUGGCGGCGGCCGCCUUGGAGCGGGUCCUGGGGGAGCUCCUGGAGCCGGACGGCGCCAGGAUCCGCCAGGCCUCGGAGCGGCUGCGGGACGCGCUGCGGGAGCCGGAGGGGCCCGAGGCGCUCGCGGAGCUGCUGAGGGCGGCGGAGAGGCCGCAGAUCCGAAAUUUGGCCGCUCUUCUGCUCCGGAGGCGCCUCCGGAAACUCCCCCCGGAGUUGAUUGACAGGCUCCCCCACGUCUUGGUCGAGGCCUUGGAGCGGGAGACGGACUCGUCCAGCAGAGGGGCCCUGGCCCAGCUCGGGGCGCGGCUGGUGCUCCUGGGGGGCCCCAAAUUUUGGGAACCGGUGGAAAAAUGGAUCCAGGAGGCGGCGAAGGAUCCCCAAAAAAUGGAGGGGGCGCUGCGCUUCCUGGGCGUGGCGGUGGGCGUGGCCGGCCCCGCGCUGGCGCGCGCUGGCCCCGCCCACCUGCGGCUGUGCCGCGCGGGGCUGCGCGCGCGCCCCCUGGCGGCAAUGGCGGCAACGGCGGCGCUGCUGCCCAGCCUGAGGCCGCCCCUCCCCCGCUCGCUGCUCCCGGACGUCCUCGAGGCGCUGCAGGAGCUGCUGGGCCUGGACGAGGAUCACGGCGCCGACGCCCUGGAGGUGCUGGAUGAAUUCCUGGAAUCCCAUCCCGAAUCUGUGAUCCCUCACCUGCGGCCCCUGCUGGAGCUCUGCCUCCAGGUGGCUGGGGACGAGUGCAGGGGCGACGCCGUCAGGGUCCGGGCCUUGGCCACGCUGACGUUCCUGGCCCAGAAGAGACCCAGGGCCCUGCUCCGGGGGGGGCUCCUGGCCCUGCUCCUCCGGGGGCUCCUGGUCCCACUUUGUGCCGAAAUUCGGCCGGAAAAUCCCGAACCCGAGGAGAGCUGGGAGGGGGAGGGGCGGCCCUGCCCCCGCCACGGCGCCGCGCAGGUUCUGGACGCUCUGGCCCAGGGGCUGCCCCCCGAAAAGCUGCUCAAGGAAUUGUUGCCGCUGCUGGAGGAGCCGGCGCGGGGCGGCGCCGCCGGCGGCCGCAAGGGGGCGCUGAUGGCGCUGGCGGCGCUGGCGCGCGGCUGCGGCGCCGCCCUGCGGCAGCGGUACCUGGGCGUGGUCCUGGGCGCCCUGCGGGCCGGGCUGGGAGACCCCGAGGGCUCCGUCCGGGGGGCGGCGGCCGCGGCGCUGAGGGAGCUGCGGGAGGAGAUGGAGGCGGAGCUGGCGCCGCUGGCGGCCGAGGCGCUGCCGCGGAUUUUGGGGGAAUUUUGGGAAUUUCCAAAUUCCCCCCAGCCCAAGGCCUGGUUCGUGCUGGAGACGCUGCUGGAGGCGCUGGGUGAGGGGGUGCAGCCCUGGCUGCCCCAGGUGCUCCCCAGGAUUUCGGCGGCUCUGGAGGCGCCGCGGGGCCGGGAGCUGGCGCUGAGCGCGCUGCACGCGCUGGCCUGCAGCUCCGGCCUCCCGCCCCUCCCCCCCCCCACCCUCGCCGCCGUCGCCGCCCUGGCCCGGGGGGGGGAGCAGCAGCUCCAGGCCCUGGAGGUGCUGGCGGCGCUGGGCCCCGCCCAGGUGGGGGAGGGGCUGCUGGAGGCGCUGCAGCUCGGGCUGCGAUUGGCCGAGAGCGGCGACAGCGACGCCACGCGGGUCACUUUGGCGCUGCUCUCGGCCGUCUCGGAGCUCCUGGGGGAGGGGACGGCGCCGCUGCUGCCCCAGGCGCUGCCGCUCCUGCAGGGGGCGCUGCGCCCCCCGCCGCCGCCGCCCCCCUCCGACGCCCCUGAUUGGCUGCUGGGUUUCCAUGACGAUGAGGAGGGGGCGGAGCCAAUGGAGGACGAGGAGUGGGCGGGGCCUGAGCUGGCGGAAGUGGGCGGAGCUUUCCCCGGAUUGGCCGAGGCGGCGCUGGGGGCGCUGGGGGAGCUGGCGGAGAACUGCGGCUCCGCCCUCCUGCCCCACCUGGAGCCCCUCCUGGCGGCCAUCUUGGAUCUGACCCAGUUCCCCCAGUGCCGGGUCCGAGGCGCCGCCUACGAGGCUCUGGGGAGCCUCAGCUGCUGCGGGAGGGAGACGCAAACUGGCCCCUCCCCCGCCCAGCAGGGGGCGUUCCAGGCGCUGCUGGGGGCGCUGCGGGCGGAGCCGGAAGUGGGCGGGGCCCUGGGGGCGGUGGGCGGGGUCGGGCGGCUGCUGCAGCCCCCAGGCCACGCCCCCCCGGAAUGGCUGGAGCCCAUUGGCCGAGCCCUGUGUGACGUCAUCGUCGGGCAGAUCGCCUGCCUGAGAUCCCGAGGGGACGGCGACGAGGAGGAGACCUCCCAGCGCUCCGAGCUCCGCGAGACGGCCUCCGAUUGGCUGCCGGAGGUGGGCGUGGCCAUGGCGCGGGUGGGCGUGGCCGGCACCGGGGGGGGCGUGGCCUUCCCGCCCCGCCUCUUCCGCCGCCUCCUCCCCUCCCUAUUGGCCGCCCUGGCCGACCCCGCCCACCCGGGGGCGCGGUCCUGGGCGGGGGCCGUGAUUGGCCAGCUGGGCGGCGCCCUGGGCCCCGAGGCCACGCCCUUCCUGCCCGACCUGGGCCCCGCCUUCCGAUUGGCCGCCGCCGACGCCGACCCCGAGGUCAGGGCCAACGCCUUCUACGCCAUUGGCCGGAUCGGCGAGGCCGCCGGACACGCCCACCUGGAGGGGGCGUGGCCGGGGGCGGAGCUCUGCCUGCGCGCCCUGCGGGGGGAGGGGCCGGGGCGGGUCCGGGACAACGCGCUGGGGGCGCUGGUCAGACAGCAGGGGGCGCCCUGCCCGCAGCUGCUGCCGCUGCUCCUGGGGGCGCUGCCGAUCUCGGAGGAUCUCGAGGAGGAGGCGCCGGUGCUGAACUUCCUGCUGAGGGCGGGGCCCGAGCUGCUGCUCCCUCACCUCGCGGCGUUCGUCGGCGCCGUCGGCCCCGGCCUGGCCCAGCGGCGCCUCCCGGCAGGGCUCAGCCAAUCGCUGCUGGCGCUGCUCCGGGCGAUGGGCGUGGCCAACCCGCGGCACUUCCGGGUGGGCGUGGCCUCCCUGGACCCCGCCCACGCCGCCAUCUUGGCCCGGCUGCUGGAUGACGUCACCGGCGACCAAUAAAAACGCGGGAAAUCAGAAA